AUGGAUCCAGCUAUUCGUGAGGCCAUGGUAUCGCCAGCUACCAACACACAUGCUGAUAAUGAAAUUCUACCAAGAGUAGCUGAUAUGCAUCGUCAGGGAAGAGGGCUUCGAUCACAGUCGUUGGUGGCUCGGGAAGAGCAGAUAAGGCUCUUGUGCAGUCCAGUCCCAUAUGGCACUAGAAAACUGUGUCGAAUUGUACGGAAAAGGGAUGGGUUAGCAGGUGGAAGCCAUACUUACGAAGUCUUUGUAGAGGAGCACAACACUGUCAUACCAGUUCUCUUUGCCAAGAAGAUGCGUAGUCAAACCUCGUGUUAUAUCAUCACACUUCCCAGUGAAGGUGAUCGAGGUGUCAGAAAUAAGUCUAUUGCCCGAGUCAGAUCCAAUUUUUUAGGAACUGGCUUUACAGUAUCCAGUAGUAUCCAGCCAUCAACCAACUCUGAUAACAUGGCCGAAGGACGCCGUGAAUUAGCUGCUGUGGUGUAUGAACCUAAUUUUCUGGGUCAUCGCGGUCCUAGGAGAAUGACAAUCAUUAGCCCGCCUUUGUUGCCUGAAGGAACGUUGGCUGAAAUCAGACCCCUCGAGGAAAAAGAAACACUGCUGGAGCGACAUAAAGCCAUGAGUGAUCGCGAUCUUGUGGUGAUGUAUAACAAAUCUCCAAAAUGGAGUGAUGAAACUCAAUCAUUUGUUUUAGAUUUUAAUCAGCGUGUAACCAUUGCAUCUGUCAAAAACUUUCAGAUUGUUCAUGAUCACGACCUAGAGUACAUUGUGAUUCAAUUUGGCAAAGGUAUUUACACUUUGAAAUAG